GAACGCGCAGGAGAGAACCCGGAAGUGGGGCGCCGCAGGUAAUGUCGCGGGAGACCCAGGACUGGGCCCUGGCUGGCUCGGCCCCCGCCCUGGACUGCAUGGAGGAGCCACGGCGCGGGAGUGUCAGGGGCCAGGCAGAUCCAGGCAGCCGAUGGAAGGGAACACCCCUGAUGGCACAGGCCCCAUGCACGUGCCCUUUGGGCACAUUGUGGCCAAUGAGAAAUGGCGCGGGUCGCAGCUGGCACAGGGAAUGCAAGGAAAAAUUAAACUCGUUUUUGAGGAUGGCCUGACACCGGUAGAUUUUUACUUGUCUAGCAGAGCCUGCAUUCUUUAUAUCACCGAAGCUGAUUUGGUGGCAGGAAAUGGCUACAGAAAGAGACUUGUUCGGGUUAGAAACUCCUGUAAACUUCAAGGGAUUGUAGUAGUUGAAAAAACGCGGAUGAGUGAACAGUACUUUCCAGCCGUACAGAAAUUUACUGUGCUGGAUCUUGGGAUGGUGUUGCUUCCAGUGGCCAGCCAGACGGAAGCGUCCUGUCUCAUUAUCCAGUUGGUUGAAGAGCAAACCAAAGAGCCCAGUAAGAACCCUUUUCUCAGGAAGAAACGGGCUCUGAUCUCUGAGCCAGCCCUCCUUCGAACUGUGCAACAGAUCCCAGGAGUCGGGAAAGUUAAAGCUCCUCUCCUGCUUCAGAGGUUUCCAAGUAUCCAGCAACUAAGUAAUGCUUCCAUCCAAGAACUGGAGCCAGUGGUUGGACAAUCAGCGGCCCAGCGCAUUCAUGCGUUCUUCACCCAGUCCAGGUGAUGGCUCUUCCCACGGCAUCUCCUUUACACCACGAACCACAGGAUCUUGUUUUCUUUCACAUUAAGAAACAAUAUUUCCUCUCACAGAAACUAGGGAAGGAUGAAGUGAGGCCUGAAUGGCACCUGCCAGUUGUCCUGCCCUGCUUUCUGGGCUCAGGUAUUUACUUCAGUCAGUGUACCCCAGAUGGCACUGCCCGCAUCCUGCUAGCACGAAGAGGGGUGGUGGACACCUUGCUAAGGGAGUCGCUUUAGACAGGGACUCUCAAGAUUCAGCAAAAAGCCAGCUUGGGCAGAUUUUAAUGUGUGACCUUGACCUGUAUCUAUCAUGGGAGGUGGUGGAUGCGACCGUCUAAAGGAAACAAACCUACGAUGAAUGAAGCCCUGUGUACCAUAAGCCCCUUGCUCCUUCUGGCAGAGCCACUGUUCUUCAGGUCUGGUCUUAAUACACCUGUGCUUUGAGGGUGGCUGCCAGUGUAAACAAACAAUUGUACUGCCUUUUUCCUUCCCUCCUUCCUUUUUCCCUCCAUCCCUCCCUUCCGGGUAGCUGCACAGUGUUUGUUUGUAAUCACUGAGCCUGAUUUCUGAACCCAGAAAGCCUGGAGUCCGGAGUUCCCAUUUUAAAAUAAAAAGCCAGUGUGUGCGAGGGAGGGAAAGAAUGUGUUUGUAAAUGUAUAGCCCAACAACGGGAAGAGACACGGGAAAAUGACAGGGGCAGCUGCGUCCAGAGAGGAGAGCCUAGGGAUCAAAAUGUACAACUGCUCAUUCAAAAAAUAAAUACAAUUAAAGAGGCUGUAUGUUUUCAGGGAUACUAAGAUAACUUGAAAGCUAAGUCCUGUUUUGUGAAAUGUUAGUAAUUUUAAAAAAUCAAAUACAAUAAAAACAUUUUGUGCGUUAGGGUAAAAAUGAUUUGAAAGAGGAGGGAAUUAAAAGUGAAAUCAAAGUGGAAACCAUUAACUCAGGCAAAUGAGUGCAUUUAUGUAAAUAUUUAUACAAAAAUAGCCCUAAGAGCAAUGGAUACACUUUCCCAAAUAUGGUUGCUUCCCUUUUGAUACUACACACUAGAAAAUAUUUACGUUUGUUAAUUCUCAAAAUUACAUGUCAAUGAUAUGUUUUUCAAAGCUAUAGAACUUGUACUAUGCCAACAGUGAACCUUAUUAGAGUCACAUUGUCAUCCAACAUAUAGCAAGAGAAAUCAGUUGGUAAGAAUGUCAUUUUAAAAAGUCAAAUAGAGCUCUAAACUUGAAUCAUUUACAUCCUGACCUUAUACAAUGUUUUUAACCCUUCUUAAAGACUCUUAAAAUAUACAACUAUGUACUUUCUACUUUAAACAAAAUGAAAAAUGUUUUGAGUAUCAAACAGUAUAUUAUCUACCUUGUAGACAGCAUCUUCAUCUAACACUGCCAC